AAUGUAUGUACGUUAAGAGUGAAGUGAGUAAAUAAGGGAGGUUGUAGAGAGAAGGAAAAUGGCACAGUCAUCGAUCGUCGUUACUAUGAGCCAGCACAUGUUUAAAAGGAGCGUGACCUGCGUCUCUCAUCACUCUCGCUCACUCGGAUCUCGCGCUAUUCCUUCGCUUUCCUUCUCUCAGAGAAGGCCCAACGCGCCUCUCACUCUCACUCUCACCGCCUCCGUCUCUUCCCGCACCGCCAUGGGUGAAACCUCCGUUCCCGCCGCCGACGCUGGCAUGGACGCCGUCCAGCGCCGCCUCAUGUUCGAGGACGAAUGCAUUUUGGUGGAUGAGAAUGACCGUGUGGUUGGUCAUGAUUCCAAAUACAAUUGUCACUUGAUGGAAAAGAUUGAAGCUGAAAAUUUGUUGCAUAGAGCUUUCAGUGUGUUCCUGUUCAACUCGAAGUAUGAGUUGCUUCUUCAGCAACGAUCUGCAACAAAGGUAACAUUCCCUCUUGUGUGGACAAACACCUGUUGCAGCCAUCCACUGUACCGUGAAUCUGAGCUUAUUGAGGAGAAUACCCUUGGUGUAAGAAAUGCUGCUCAGAGGAAGCUUUUCGAUGAGCUCGGUAUUCCUGCUGAAGAUUCUGCUGAAGAUUUACCAGUUGAUCAGUUCACCCCAUUGGGUCGCAUCCUUUAUAAGGCACCAUCUGAUGGCAAAUGGGGAGAGCAUGAAUUGGAUUAUCUGCUUUUUAUUGUGCGGGAUGUUAACGUUAAUCCCAAUCCUGAUGAAGUGGCUGAUAUCAAAUAUGUGAACCGCGAUCAGUUGAAGGAGCUUUUGAGAAAAGCUGAUGCAGGUGAGGAAGGUCUGAAGCUUUCCCCUUGGUUCAGACUAGUUGUGGACAAUUUCUUAUUCAAAUGGUGGGACCAUUUGGAGCGAGGGACUCUUGGUGAGGUCAUUGACAUGAAGACCAUUCACAAGCUGACAUAAGAUCAGAGAGCUUGCAUCAUGUAAUGAAGGGUAGCUGUAUUCCGAGCCAAUAAGAACGAAAUUGGACCUAUUUUGAAAAGAAUUUUCGGAGCAGUUGCCCAUAUAAUAAUUGUUGAUUUUUCUAUUAUUCGAUGAUAGUUAGAACAUAAAACGUUUUGGUGUAAUCUUGAUUUAGAGCAGAUUUCUUUUCCUUUUUUGCAAACUUCGGAUUUUGGGAUGCAUGCAAGUACUCAAUAUUGAACCCUCAUAUUUAUGUUAUCUUGGCAUUUAAAGGCAUUGUUAGGUAUAAGAUGUUCGUGAUUUGAA